CUGGUCUAUGCUGUACUAGCUGCUGUAUAAUGAGAAUGGAAGAAAGUUCCGUAUGGUUCAUUCGAAAUAUGACGUCAAUUUCCUGAGCCCCAAGAUUAAUAAAGUCAGAAAUCCAUUAGUCUGUCAUGGUCAUUAGUUGAAUGUUUACUUAAUAAUAUAACUCAAAACUAGUCAUUGUGUUGCAUUUUUACGUAUUUUAUCUAACUGCAAAUUAUGGAUUACUCGUUUUCCACCACUGUUUAGGGAUGAAAUUUAAAAAUGUAAAUAGAUACGUCGCUGCCCUGACACACUCCAUACUACUUCUCUCUUUUCGUGAGUUUUGACUCAGUAGUUUGAACACAACCUUCAAUAGCCGAGUUAAAAUUUGGAAAAUCAAGCCAUCUCACUCUAUUGCUUCAUCAUAAUCAAGUACUGUUUCAAAAGAGAUGUAUGAUCAAAUAAACGCAACUAAUGUAUAAUUUUCUUCAAAAAUCGUACUACACUGAGAUAAAUAAAUAUGUAUACAAACAGCUCACUCCAAAAUGAUAAAAGAGAUAUGUGUGGAUACAAAAGCAAGAAACGUCUUUCUUUUGAUAAGAAUUCUAAACAAAAUUCGCUUAAGUCUUCUUUACCCAUACAAUUGGAUCAUGUUGAUCAGUAUUAUUAUGAAUUAAUGAAAUUGUAUUCAACAUCAAAAAAUUGUGGUGAAAACUCUCAAACCUCUGAUUUUUAUCGGCAGAAACCACUUACUACUACAUUUAUAAGUAGUUCAAAUUAUUCAGCAGAAUUUCAAAACUCAAAUCUACUCUGUUGUCUCUGUUGUAGUGAACAUGAUUACAGUAAUCAUGAUAAAAAUAUUGUUCAUUAUUUGAGCAUUUGUUGUCAUUCACAGAAAAUACAACGUAUUAUACAUCAUCUAAUACUAAUUUUAUUAGGUAUUUCAAUAGUUUUGUCUAUAAUACUCUCUUUACUAGGUAUUUUUUUAAAUUAUCGCGCUUGUUUAACAGCUGGUUGUAUUCUAGGCAUAGCGAGUUUUGGUGCGUUAUUGCACAGUUGUUUAAGGCAUCGUGCAUUGCCAAAUUCAUCGAUGCCAAUUAUAUUAGGCCAAUCAUAUAUGCAUCCUAUAGUGAAUAAUAUGCCAUUAUCAAUGAAUAAACUCUAUAGAAAACACCAACAAUUUCCUCAGAGACACCGACAAUUGUUAAAUUACGAUUAUUCAAAGAAUGAGUUAAACAAACAUUCAUAUUUUGCACCCAGAGAUGGUUAUUCUACUAACGACCAGGAUUAUAAUAAUUUUAAGAAUAAUCAUGGUAAAAAUAUUCCAAUAAUAAGUAAAAGAAAUCUAGAUAAAUUAUGCCAUACUUAUCAAUUACAAACUACCACUGAUGUGGAGUGUAAUCAUUCAGGUAACAAAAGAAAUAUAGAAUGUUCAAGUGAAUCAUCAUCAUUACCGUCAAUGACAUUGUCAGUAACAACUGUAUCAGGAGACGUAGUGGUGACGACAUCAGUAGCAAUAACACCACCAACAACAACAAAAAACACAGUAGUCUCGUCACAAAAACUCAAUGAUGAUAAUAACAGCAAUGUACAAAACAUAUCUCUACACAAGAAUCCAUUGAAGCAUGAUGAUAAGAAAUCACCAACUUUUAUCGAAUGUGAAAUUUGUCGACCCAAUUCAUCACAUCCCACGGAUUAUGAGUAUCAAAGAAAUCAUAUGGAUUAUGUUCAUUCAAACAAUUUAGUCAAUGAAUCAAAGAAUUAUGUACCAAGAUCCUCUUCACCAUGUUCUUCAAUUAAAGCUUCUUAUGUACAACGAUCACAUUCUAUGUAUUCUGAUUCAUGUGAUUUAAGUUUAUCAUCAGAAAUCAAAGCAGAAUCACAAGAUCAAAUCAAAUAUAUGAGACCCAUUCAACAAAACACAUUUACUCAUAUACAACCAAAUUCUUUAAAUUCAUAUGACAUUGAAGCUGAUAAACAGUUUCAUCCAUAUUAUCCUGGAAAUUCAUUAUUUGACGGCAAAUCAAAUCUCUUCAAUCGUAAUACUCAUAUUAAUGAACAGUCAAAACAUUUAAACUCUUUUAUGAUUUACCCAAAGUCUAAAUCAAGAAAUAAAAUAAUUUUAGGAAAUUAUUUAAAUUUAUUGGAUGGAUUAUAUCGUCAUGUAAAUCAUUCACAGGGACCAAACUAUUCUAGUGAUCGUUUUAAUGAAGAAUACAACAGUGAUAUAUUUGGUCCACGUGUAUGGCUAAGUUGGAAAAAUUGGGUAGAUAAAUAAUGGAACUAGUUUCUUAGCAUCAUUAUAUGUGUAUUCAUCAAUGUAACGUAACAAAGAACUAAUUAGAAGAUGUAUAGUUAAUUGAACUUAGUUGAAGAAUCAUUAGAAGCUGGACCAGAGAUACUAGAUGAUUGUUGUCACGCAUACGAAGUAUCUCAUCAGUACGUGCAUACAUUUCGUCUAACUUGGUAUACAUCUCUAUCUUGUUUAAGCUCACAUUACCACUGAAUCGUUGGUCUGUAUUACUUAAGACACGUUCGUUAUGAUCCAACGGUCGCUUGAAGUAAUCCAGUAUACCAAACUGUGUUUAGCUUUCUAGUUCACAGUCACUUUCCUGGAAUAGUUGAUUGAACAAUGAAAAUUAGUCGUAAUAUAUCUUCACAGAUAAAUGUCAUGAACAUUCGAUUUUAUUAAUUACAAACUUUAUUCCAAUUACAGCAGCAUAACUUUCAGGAAUACUAUUUUGUCCAUGGUGUGUAUUUUAACAAAACUUUUCCUAUAAAUUUUCAUUUCUAAUGAAAUAUAAUCCGAACCUAUUUUUUUCUUGAUAAAUUUUUGUUAAAAUACUUUUCGUUUUAAGAUUUAUGUACGUAACUAAAAUAGAGAAGUAAACAGACUUUCCACUUUUAUUUAAAUAAUUAGAUGUCAGACAGUGAAACAGUAAUAAUAACCUAGUUACUUGGUUACAAUUAGAAGUUCUAUACACAAACUAUAAUAUAUUACAACAAAUAUCUCUACGAUGUAUAAUUUAUUUAUAAUUAUGAGAAAUUCGUGGCAAAAGAAAUUUACUGUUGCGAUUAAUUAAUUUUUAUCUUUAAUUCCAAAGGAUCUUCAAUUACUGCUAUCUUGACAUUUUUCACUGAAAGAUGUAUAUAUUCGCAAUAAAGUAUUGUAGACUAUCUUUAACACUUUUUACGAAUAUGCUAAUGCAACACGGUCUCAUUUCAUUAACCAAAGAAAAAAAUAUGUCG